AUGUUGCAAAAUCCUUCCAAAUAUCACGCAAAUCCUUUGUCACACUUUCUGGCAUUGCAUAACACACAAGCCAACGGUGUUGCACACACACACGCACACACACUGGGCCACCAUCAUGCAGGAGGACAUGGACAUGGACAGUUGCAACCGCAUCAUUCACUGCCCACGGCUGCCUUGGCUGCGGCGGCAGCAGCAGCUGCAGUGACGGCGGCGGGUCAAAGUUCAUACCAAAUGGAGCAGCAGCAGCAGCAACUUCCCAUUGGCCUCCCACCAGCAACAGCACCCACACAAACGCAAGCACAGUCUCAGACACACACACAAUCGCACACACACCCCCAGCAGCAGCAGCAGCAGAGGGAGCAACUGGCGACUGCGACGUCGCACGCGCAGCUCAUUGAGGCGGCCGCGGCGCAUACCUCCCUCGAUGUGGGCAAAUCGUUUACAAUAGCCGCCAUUUUGGGUCUUCAGCAACAGCAGCAGCAGCAACAGAGCAAGGACUAUAAUAAUGCCAUUAAUUUGUCUCUCAAUGGCGGCAGCUCGGCAGACGCCGCUGACCACGACAACAACAACAGCAAGUGCUACAACAAUAACAACACAAGCAGCAAUAACAACAACAGCAGCAGCAACAACAACUAUGGCAACAACAAUAGCCAAAGUGUAAAUAACUUCAAUUGUGAUAGCAACGGCAGUCGUUACCUGCCCACAGUGCAGCAUCCUCAUCCACAUUCCCAUUCUCACUCCCAACAACGAGCCAAUUUCGCUGCUGCUGCCGCCGUCGCGGCUGCUGCUGUUGUGGGUGGUGGUCCGUCGGCGCUGCAGAGUCUCCAGCAAUUGCACCAGCAUCACGCACAGCAGGCGUCGCUAAGUUUUCAACGGGACAAGCUCAAGUCGGAUUCACACAAGAAGAGCGCGCUGAAAAACAAACGCGUACGCACAAUCUUCACGCCGGAGCAGCUGGAAUGCCUAGAAGCCGAAUUCGAGCGACAGCAGUACAUGGUCGGACCGGAGCGUCUUUAUCUGGCGCACACACUCAAGCUGACAGAAGCACAAGUGAAGGUCUGGUUUCAGAAUCGACGCAUUAAAUGGCGUAAGCAUCACCUGGAACUAACGCAACAGCGUUUGGCAUUGAUUAGGCAAACUCAGUUGCCCGCAGGAUCAGCAGCUGCAGCAGCUGUCGCGGCCGCUGCAUCAUCAACAUCCACAUCCGCCGAGCUGCCAUUAAAUGCUGCAUGCAGCACUGCAUCCCCCAGUCUGCUGGAGGAUGACAAUGAUGAUAGCAAGCACUCGCUUUUGCUGCCAACGCGUCCUUUGAGUCGUGCUGCCUCCGAGUCAGAUUUAUCCAUAUGCAACGAUUCGCUUGACCUGGACGGCGACAGUCUGAUGGAUGGCAGUGAAGAGGCAUAAGCCAUUUAAUGAUGAUGAUGCCACAAAAUUCUUGUAAAUAUAGUCCAAUAAAUAUGUAUAUUAUUCUAAUCGUAAACUC